AUGGUUAUGUUAAAGGUUUCCCCAUGGAAGGGCGUUAUCAGGUUCAGAAAGAGAAGGAAACUAAGCCCGAGGUUUAUCGGGCCAUUUAGAAUCAUUGAACGGGUUGGCAAGGUAGCUUAUCGCCUUGAGCUACCGGAAGAGUUAAGUGGAAUACAUGGCACGUUUCAUGUAUCACAGUUGCGAAAAGGUCUAGCGGAGGAAACAACUUACAUCCAUCAUGAUGCUAUCGAAGUGGAUAAUAGCCUCAACUACGCAGUAAAGCCAUUAGAGAUUCUAGAUCGAAAGGUUAAAGAAUUGCGAAAUAAGAGAAUUGAUCAAGUCAAGAUCAAAUGGGAGCAUAGGAAGGGUUCGGACACUACAUGGGAGUCUGAAGAGGAGAUGUGGCGUCUCUACCCGGCAUUAUUUGGAAAGGAAGCGGGAGCAUCGAGCGGACAAGCCGGUGUUGACGCACGAUUGAAGGGUGCGCUUUGA